AUGGCUAAACCAAGUCCGCGUUUGAUCAUUUCAUUUGCUAUUAGUACCACCUUCUUCAUCUAUUCUGCACAUUUAACCAAUUCUCAAUCAGUAGCCAAUUUGUCCACUACAUGGAUCAAUAACAACCCAACAAUUUACAUCAGCGGAGGCGAUCUUUCUCCCAGGCUUCAGAUGACUCCUGUCUUUUCCCCAUCCGGUGCCUCACAGUUCGUUUCCGGCUUCUACUGCUUCUCCGAAGAAACUACUUCAUGUUUCUUUGGUAUCUUCAUAUUUGGAGAAAGAACGGAUUACGAUACCCUAAACUAUUCCAUAAUAGACUAUCCCCAACUAGUAUGGUCUGCUAACCGGGACCGUCCAGUGAAAGUUAAUGCGACCUUGAAAUUAACGGGCAAUGGGGAUUUGAUAUUGGAGGACGCGGAUGGAGAUAUGGUAUGGUCAACCAACACAAGAGGAAAGUCCGUCGCGGGCUUAAGAUUCACCGAAUUUGGAAACCUUGAUCUUUUUGACAGCAACAACGCGACGGUAUGGCAAUCUUUUGAUCACCCCACGGACUCAUUACUUAUUGGACAAAAGCUGGUGUCAAACUCGGGGCAAAAGCUGAUAGCUAGAGCAUCAUCAUCUAACUUUAGCCCAGGCUUGUAUUCGCUUUCUGUUCAGAACGGUCUUUUGUUCGGUUAUAUGGAAGCCAAUCCACCGGUGGAAUAUUACAAAUCCACUUUAGAGGCAAAUCCGAAUUCCAUAAAUUCGGAAAAAGCAUAUGUUGUGUUCAAUAACGGAAGCUUCAAUGGUCAAAAUUUCGAUCUCGCAUCAACGGCUCAGUUCAUGAGGCUGGAACCCGACGGGCAUUUGAAGGUUUGCGAAUGGGGAGGAGCUAAAUAG